AUGCCGCUAACAUCCAACCCCCCAGCCGAACAUUUUAAAGGCACUAUUUUUGCAGACCUCCCAGUUCAAAUAUUGACAGAGCCGGGUGGGCAGUCCAGUGGGCCAUUAUCUUAUAGGAGACGUGAUUUUGAGGAUCUACAAUGGCGGUCUGAAAGGAGUGCAUCCCGGCAACUGCAACAACAGGCGCAGCCCCUGAUGGAUCCCUUUGUAGACCUAGAUCCACUAUCUACUCGUGCUUUCUAG